AUGGUGUUCGUUUCAGCCAUCCUGAGGGCAGGUGCUUCUGCUUCGUCCAUCCAGUGGGCCAUCAAAGAGCAGUUCUCUAGCAGUGACUGUGCUACGAACAACUUGACGGAAGACACCGUGCUGGGGCGGAUCGGAACAGUAGCCCUGGGCCUUGGUUGUGGAGGUGCCAAUGGUGCUGCCGGGAAAAACUACGUCGUCGAGGGUGCAAGGCUGAUAGAGUAUACCCACUACAACGUUUCUGCCGAGUGUUCCGAUACACCCAACGUCAAUACAACCACGACGCUCGACCAGUGCGUGGAGUCCAGCACGGCUGUGUACGAGAAGGUGAAGUUGGUGACAGCUCCUGGGACACUUACGCUCAUCUAUGAUGUGGGUGAUGAGAACUGUUCUGGCACACCUGUCAGUACUUCCCUGAGUCCUUUACUCUGCGUCGCCUCGAAUGCCGUCGCCGGAUUCCUCAGUCGUUUGCCGUCGUGUUACGGGGAGAAGCGGCUGCAGUGCUACUACAGCAACAGCGACUGUACCGGCAGCCAGAUGUGCUCCCCCAGAACUGGCGAUUUGAAGUCCUGCUCUGCAGCCGGCGGGGGGCGAUAUACGAUGACCACUAUGCUUGGCUCCGACGAGGAAGUUGCAGAGCUUUGCACUACCACCACAACGACUGCAUUUGCAGGAAUUUCAGGGAACAUCAGCAUCUAUACGGACGGAGCUUGUUCAGUGCUGGAUGCGACUUACUCCGUCCAGCUGGGUCCCUGCACAAUGACCGGCUCGACAAGCUCGCAAGAAUUCACUUGCAUUGAAGGGUCGAUCGCUCACAACGUGUACGGCACCAAUGACUGCAGCGGUGAGGCAACGACGCAGGUCUAUGAGCAGGGCCCCUGCGUCCCAGUGGACAACGGCACAUCAUCUUGGCUCGUUGCUUUCCCCGAGUGCACCGGAGGCACGAGCUCCAACGGGUUUUCAGCAGCUGUGCACUUGAAUGUUGGAUUCAUGAUCCUCAGCUUGCUUACUUGCCGCUACCUCUGCUGA